UGAAACACUACAUUGCUCGAGUCUAGCAUGAGCAUAAGCUGUACGUUCUUUCUGCCUCAGCGUGGGAGUAAAUUUCUUCUGAUGUCAAACUAAACAUUAAGUGGACAAGUGCUGUAAAGAGUUUGGACGUGUUUAUUUACCUUGUAUUGAAGAAAGUGUGUGUGGUACACAGAUAUUGAGAAAUAUUAGUUUAGGGAAUAUAGAUUAGUAUAUAGACAAAUAAGACGUAGAAAUCAUAGACACAGGCAAAUUCAUAUAAACUACAGCUGUUCCUGAUAAACUUUCUACACGUGGAAUAUGUGAGACAAUUUAGUUGAGUCCAAGGACAUAAACUUACAACCGUGAAAAGCUAUGUGAUUAGUUGAAGAUGAGUCAAAGAAAACAAAUGAGCAGAAAAUUAUAAUACUGAUGAGAUAAAGUUGUGCAUUUUUGUGCUGGGUGGCGUGGAAUUUACUGCCAAGCUAAGAGCGAAAAAAUCCUUAUCUAAACCACGAUGGCAAUCUACUAUUAUGUCCGGCGACUGCAAAAAGCUUCGAAAAAGAAUCGGACAAUUCAUCGCGACCCCAUCGCACUAAAUUCCAACGGUUCGAUCCCGUCCGUGGGAAGCAUCUGCACCCCGGUGAAAGCGAGCAACAAAGUGAGCGAGGUGGUGAUUGGCUCCGUGACUGGACCUGGUUUGGGGGCACCUUCGACCCUCGUCCGUCAUGGGAGGAUCGUCCGCGUCCCCCUCUAUCAGUUCAGCCCAACUACAGCAAAACCUCAAUUUGUGUCAUGUCAUGGGUGGUGGGGGAAGUAGUAGUGGUAUGAGUGUGACAAUGACAAAAAACGUUUCAAGUAUCAGUUCCAUUCCUUCUCCGAGAUUCCGAAACGGUACAAAAGGAGCAGGGGAAAUUCCACACAAUAGCUCUUCACACCUGGGGAAAGCAGUUCAUCAUCAUGUGCUGUCAGGUAACCUUAUUUUUGACGAAGGAGGACAUCUCCUUUCAGGGACGUUGGAGGGUUUGGUGGAUUAUUUGGUGCCAUCAGAAGACCACUUUCCCGACAAAUCGUUCGUUUUCGCUUUCAUUCUCUGCUCCAGAAUCUUCAUCCGUCCACAUCAACUCCUCGCCACUGUGCUCCAUCGUGCCUUUCUGAACAAGAAUGAUGAAGACUCGAUUCGAAUUGUUCCAAAUUUAGUCCGCAUAUUAGGUGAAUGGACUCAAAUAUUUCCGUACGAUUUUCGUGAUGACAACGGUCUGAUGAUGGCCAACGUUCGAGCUAUCACGCACAAAUGUGUCCAUAUAUGUCCAUCGAUGAAAACGGAGGUGUCCAUCCUUCUCACUUCGCUCCUCGACAGAUUCAACCUCCUGGAAAAGUUCGAAUCUAACUUGGCCAAAAUUAAUUUGGAAGUUCAAAUGGCAUCCAAUCACGCAAUUGUGGAGGAGGAAUCAAAACUGGUGAAAUUUUACUGCAAUCCACGCCAUGUAGCAGAGCAGUUAAUGCUAGUGGAGUUGGAACGAUUUUCAUUCAUCGGGGUACAGGAAUUUAUACAGGCAUUCAUCAAGGAAAGCUGCUCACCACCAUCAAAUUCUACGACCACAUCAAAUUCCAACACGACUGGGGGUACGCCAAGUCCCAUCGUAAAUGCUCACGGAGGCAACGCAGGUAGAUCAGGAAGCAAAUCGAAGAAAUCUCGACUGGAAUUUUACGUAGAUUGGUUUCAUCGCCUAAAUCUCUGCGUCGCCACGGAUAUUUGCAAGAUCACUCGAAAGAAAGAGCGAGUUCGUGUCAUGGAGUUUUGGGCGAAAGUGGGGUCAGAUUCCGUCACUUUGGGCAAUUACAACUCUGCGAUUGCUGUUUUCACCGCAAUCAACUCUAACCCGGUCCGUCGGCUGACAAAGUCGUGGUCCAAAUUCACGGGACAAGAAGAUCUAUCCGCUCUAGAAUCAUGCUUCGACCCAUCCGACAACUUUUCCCGUUAUCGUUCCAGACUGAAGAAGGGAGGAUAUGCACUAGUGCCAGGAGAGGUUGGAGUAAGUGGGUCGUCUUCGUCGUUUAUGGUGCUGCCAUUCUUCUCCCUGCUCAUCAAAGAUCUCUUUUUCCUUAAAGAAGCAGCUGCAUCAAGACUGCCAAACGGCCACCUCGCUUUCUCCAACUUUCUCCAGCUGGGCACCAAGCUGAGCGAAGUGAUGAGAUGGCAGGAGCACAAGGCGGACGAGCUGAACAAGGUGGCUAAUUUGCAACAUGUGAUACAAACUCUGCCUGCUUUCACCGAGUCGGCGUUGAUGUUGUCGUCCUUCGACUGCGAGGGUCCAGCCAACCCAGAGGAGGAAGCAAUCUUGGAAUCUUUACGACGGACCGUCCCACCACCUCCACCGGAGGAAGAAGAGCUGACCGACUCUUUUCAGUCCCUCCAAAUACCAUCGACCAGUUCUGGUUCCACUUCCGGUGUUCAUGAGGACGACUCGGUUGGACUCUCGCCAAGUGAAAUCCACAAACUUUUACAGUGCAGAUUUGCACAUGACGCUAUAUUCUCUGGACCAAAACUGUCUGACAUAUUUUCAUCGAAUAAUUUGAUAGGGAUAGGAAACUAUCAACAGGGUGAGGAUGGAGUUUGUGGGGCUGGUUUGAUUUGUAGCGAGGCACAGAUUCACCAGUCUCCACGUACGACAAUUAUUGCUGAUAUUACCAACAGUGUAGAUAACACGGGGACAAUUAAGCAGAUUAAACAAAAACCACCGGUCCCCUUAUGACGACUGUAAUAAGACGAUAUGUGUACUGAUCUGUGAUACUUGAUGAUUUUACAGUAACCUACUUAUAAAUAUAGACGUUUUAAAUGUCUAGUUUUAGAAUGUGGUGGACGAACUGAAUAAAAAAUUAUGUGCACACA